CAUCAACGUUUUCAUCGGAAAAGUGCCGACGAUUAGAAUCGGUGUUUAAAUCGUAUAAUUAUUUAAUAUAUUAUUUAAAUAAAAUAAUAAAUAUUUAAUUGUUAUUUUCUUUCCCAGAAAUCGUCCAGUUAGGGAACCAUGCCUUCCUAUAAAGUGAAAGUAAAAUGGGGCAAAGAAAUGUUUAAUGAUGUAGAAGUAAAUACUGAUGAAGAGCCUAUCGUUUUCAAAGCACAGUUGUAUGCAAUCACUGGAGUUCCCCCUGAUAGGCAGAAAGUAAUGAUAAAAGGAACUACCUUAAAGGAUGAAGCAUGGGGCAAUAUAAAACUUAAAGAUGGUGCCAGUAUUCUGAUGAUGGGCAGCAAAGAGGAAUUGCCUCCUGAGCCUGCUGAGAAAACUGUUUUCAUGGAAGACAUGUCUGAUCAUGAGCUGGCAACUGCACUUGAACUUCCUCCUGGUCUGACAAACUUAGGUAAUACAUGUUAUAUGAAUGCUACCAUACAGUGUCUUAAGACUGUUCCUGAGUUGAGGAAAGCUCUUAAAGAAUUUCCUGGAGGCUUAGCAUCAGGCUCUUCAAUUGUUCCUGCUCAGUCUAUUACAGCAGCUUUAAGAGAUUUAUAUGAAGCUAUGGAUCAUUGUGGGACAGAGUAUCAGCCAAUUAUUUUGCUGCAAGUGCUCCAUAUGGCUUUUCCUCGGUUUGCAGAAAAAAAUGAGCAUGGUACAUACAUUCAGCAGGAUGCCAAUGAAUGUUGGACAGAAGUUAUGAGAAUGUUACAACAGAAAUUGCCUUCUGUUCCAAAUAAAGAACAAUCCUCUCAAGCUACAGCUUCAAAGUACACUAGUUUUAUCGAUCAGUACUUUGGUGGGACUUUAGAUUGCACAUUAAAAUGCAUUGAAUCAGAAGAGGAACCAGAAACUCAUUUAAAAGAAAGUUUCUUACAACUGAGUUGUUUUAUAUCAACUGAUGUCAAGUUCAUGCUUACAGGUCUUAAACAGCGUAUGCAAGAGACCCUUACAAAAUAUUCUUCAACUUUAGGCAGGGAUGCUCAGUAUAAAAAAUCUAGUAAAAUUAGUCGUUUGCCAACAUAUUUAACAAUACAGUUUGUUAGAUUUUUUUAUAAAGAAAAGGAAUCUAUAAAUGCUAAAAUUUUAAAAGAUGUAAAAUUUUCUUUAGAUUUAGAUGUAUUUGAAUUAUGUACAGAAGAACUUCAAGCUAAAUUAACACCUAUGCGAGCAAAAUUCAAAGAAUAUGAAGAUAAGAAAGUAGAAGAAGCUCAAAAGGCUAAGUUAGUUCCACAAGAGCCACCCCAACAGAAAGAGAAAAAAAUGAAACGAUACCCUUAUUACUUCGAAGAUGAUAUUGGGUCAAAUAACAGUGGCUAUUAUGAACUAAAUGCUGUCCUCACCCAUAAAGGCAGGUCUAGUUCAAGUGGUCAUUAUGUAGCAUGGAUAAAAAGGAAAAGAGAUGAGUGGUUCAAAUGUGAUGAUGAUAAUGUCUCUAUGGUUACAUCUGAAGAAAUAUUAAAGCUUUCUGGAGGAGGUGAUUGGCACUGUGCGUAUUUGCUGUUGUAUGGGCCUCGAGUUUUAGAAGUACCCGAAGAGGAAAAAACUGAAGAACAACAAGUAGGUACAUCAUAAGAGGCAUUUCAACAUUAAUUUUGGCAUUGUUGCUGGACAUUUGAGAUUGCAAAUGGCUUGACCUAUAUAUUUCACUAUGUGAAAUAAUUCACCUAUUAUACUUCACCAUAAUUUCUUCAUUCAGACCAGAAUGGAAGACCAUUAUUCUGACUAAUUAAAAAUGAAUUGUAUAAAUAAAAGUAAUGACUUUUGUUCUUCAAUAUUUUAUGUUAAUGCUUUUUUAUUAAGAAGUGUAUAUUACUUAGUAUGUGUCUUGGAAUGAAAGAAAAAUCUUUUUUAAAAA